AUGUCCGAGGAGGAGAAGCCCCUUUCCGCGGAGGGUUUGUUUCUGUACCUGCGCCCAACCUACCUGGUGCUGGGCUGCGACCCUGCGAGCGGUACCUCGCAGUACGUCGUACGGGUGCAGGUACGGGACUGCGACAAGUUCCUGGGGCUAACCACCCCGGCCAGCCCGGAGGCCUGUGUGGAGAGCGCGGGGUGCACCAGGCUCCCCUCACAGUGCCCUCGGAACUGUCUUCACGAGCUGCUGGAGGCCUCCGAGGCCUCUUUCCAUCUGGACUCUGAGGGCGCAAUAGCCUCCCUGGAGGUACGACUGCAGCAGAAUGAGCACGCGGGCAGUGGUGCAAGUGGCGGCAGUAGCGGUGGCAGUAGCGGUGGCAGUAGCGAAAAGGAAAGGGGGCUGGACGGUGGCAGCAGCAGCGGCGACUUGCUAACGUUGGCAGCUACGUGUGUGGCAUCGUCCGCCGAGGGUUUGUCGGAGUCAGGAAGGCAGGCGCCGCAGCAGGGGGGUUAUACCCGCGCUGAUGGCACCGCAGGCGCCGACGCGGAGCAUCAGCAGCAUCAGCAGCAGCGGGCGCAACGACGGCUGGCAUCCCUACAAGGGAUUUUCGAGCUGCUGUCCCAGCAGGCGCACAACAGGCGUAGCAAUGUUUCAGAGGAGCUUCUUGUGGCGACCACUGCCGUACACCGCGACACAGAUACCGAUACCACGACGGCGGCGACGACGACGGCGGCGGAGGCGGCGGAGGCGGAAGCCCAGGGGGCUAGGAAGGGAGGCAACGCCGGCGGUGGCGCCAGCGCCAGCGGCAGCCAUCAAACAACUGAUCGCGCACCGGCGCAGGGACUCUACUCCUUCAACUCCGAAACCACCGUACAUCCCCCGGCUAGCGAUGGUAGCCAGCUAGUGAUACAGCGCAAGUUCCUGGUGCCAACAGAUGAGGCGUACGACAACAUGCCGUACGGCAUCAUGGAUUUCCCUGCUGGCGGCAUCUCCCAUACCCUGCUUUCCCCGACGGGUGUGAUCACCUCCCGCGUGGACAUGGCGGUUUCGGAGCGGGUCAUCCCCGGGGUGGAAUCACGUCGUAGUCCGCGGUCAAACGCCCAGGCUGGUGCCGCAGACGACGCGCCGGAGGUGGAACCGGAAGCGACAGCUGCAGCAGCCGCCACCGUCAUGCGUGUACGGGUAGUGCUGACGCUGUCCAAGGCUCCAUUUCUGGAGUCGAAGGACGAUGUCUUCAGCUGCAAAGCACACGCCGCUGCGUCCGCCGCCGCCCAUGUCGCCGACGUCGCCGCCGCAGCCGCCGUGCAAAGUCGCUUUACUGCCAGCCGCCGCCGCCGCCGCUGCCGUUCAAGGGUGCUGCUUUCCGAAUCCGAGCCGGGGGCUGAUGAUGAUGGCGACAGCAGCGUCGCCGCCGCCGCCGCCGCCACCACCGCCGCCGCCGUGAAUGCCGCUGAGGUUAUGUUUUUGAACGUUGAUGGGUUAUACCCGGGCGGCAGUUCAGCGGCUUACUUGCUGGAUUGGAAAGACAAACUGGCCGCCAACAGUCACCGCCGUCACCGCCGUCGUCACCUGCUGCUCCGGAACCUGAACUGGAACCCGAACAAGAACCGGGACAGGACCAGCGAGUUUCAUCCGACAUUUAAAAAAAAGGGGGGCCAUGAGGAUGUCAGCCGGCGAGCGGGCGAUGACCUCGGGGUUGCCGCCUUAUCUCGUAGACGGCAGAUGGUGGAGCUUGAUAGCGAGGAGGUGUAUCGCGCCUUCCGGUCCAUGUUCGUCAAUGGAAUGCCGCUGGGAGUGGAGGUAGCGGCCUACCGGCUCUCCGGCGUGGAUCGGAACUACCGGCAGGCUGAGGUCACUGGCGGGAUGCAGAUGAGCUACAACGUCAACCUAUUCGGAAACUGGUACCCGAAUGUGUCGUACAUGGACGUGUUUGGUACGGCAGGCUUUGGUCGCACCAACAACGGCACCUACUUCAACACAGCGAGCUUUCUGACACGCCAGCUAGCUAUGAGCGACGAAGUCAAGCUGGCCAACGGUACGGAGAGCUUUUACAACUCCCGACCUGACUGCUCUGAUUUCGAGUCGUACGGCCAGCUCGGCUUUCAGCAGGUCUCCACUUCCAGCAAGACACUCGAAGCCGUACGUAUCCAGUUCAGUGUCAUGAGCAUGGAAGUUGCGCUGAAGAGUACAACGAACCUGUACGGCGCGCUGGGGGAAUGCAACUACAACGGGUCGGCAUCAAUUGUUGCGGGCGGCGGGAUGAGUGGUUCGAUCCAAGGCAUCGCUUCAAACGGCCUCGAUCUCCUGUUCCAGGAGGUCCUCGUCAAUGCGGUGAUUGACAUCUGCCAGCCUGAAAUAACAGGUGCUGUGCUGUACACGCUGAACAUGGCCAUGUACGACAGUACGACACUUCCGUCAUGCACGCUGUCUGACGUUAACAUCCUGGUAUUGAACGUCCAGAUAUUUUACAGAUCAAAAACGUCGUCCGGUGAUUGGGGUGACGAGCGAACCGCCGCCACCAUCUCCGUUCCCUCCAUCACCCCUCCAGUACCACCAAGUCCACCUCCAGAACCGCCAUCUCCUCCAGACCCACCAAGUCCACCUCCGGACCCACCAUCCCCUCUGGAACCCCCUCUUAGGCCGCCCUCGCCCCAACCUUCGCCCACCUCACAACCCAUGCCUCCCGCCCUCCUUCAGCCUCGUGCACUGCCGCCUCUCCCGCCAAACCCUCCCCCGGCAUUCCGACGGGACUCGCCGCCGUCCCAAAGCUCUGAAGACACGGGCAGGCAGGGAGCGUCGCCAAGCAACGGCGGUGGCGGCGGUUCCCUCAAUGAGGCCGCCAACGCAGGGAGCGGCGGCGGCAGUAGCAACGGCAGCAGCAAACGUCGGACUAAACUUAUCAUCAUAAUUACCUGCUCAGUCGGCGGCGGUGUCGUACUCCUGGUGGUGCUCAGCAUGCUAGCAGUUUACCUAAGACCGGCGGCAAAGGCCGGCGGCGUCGCCGGAUGGCGUCCUGUGUCGCCUUCCAAGGUGGUUCCCGUCGGCCAGACAGCCGCCAACGUCGCGCCGCUUAUCGUACAUACACCGGCGCCGCCGGCGCCGCCUAUCGCACCGGCGCCGCAGGAGGCGGUCGUAUUAGUUCCCGCCGCCCGAACCACGGCGGCGGUAGCAGCCGCGGCGGCCCUCGCAGCCGCAUCCGCGGCCGCGGCCUCUGCCAUCACGCCGCCGCCACCGCCGCCGCUGCCGCCGCCGCCAGAAGCAGCUACUCCAACACCUCCGCUACCUACACGGGAAGUGUCUAGCACCGAGAAAGUCAUCAAGGAACUAUGUAUAUAUGUAUGCCGCACGGGAAACGACGGCCGGCACGCAACAGCGCUCGUUUGGCGCUCCAACUAGACGGGAUCUAUGCCCGUUGGUCUCCUAACAUAAACGAAGUCGCAACUGGGGGGCUCUUCCUGCCGACCGAACGAACCGAGCAUCUCAGAGAGCUCGCUACCAGGACCUGGGCGACCGGGAGCCCGACGAGUCAUCCCGGGCUGGGGAGGUCACCAAGCUCAAAAAUCCUCACGCAAAAAAGAGCGCAAAGAGCUCACACCACAAGACGCCAAACAGCCUCCUUAGACUACUACCCUCCUCCGCCUCUCCCUCCCUGGGCUAGUCCAGGGGAGAUAGCCCCCGUCGAGGGGGUAACACCGCACAAGUCCGCGCCCUUCCACAG